AUUGUCAGUUGUUAAAAUAACCUCAAAGUUUCACAAUACUUGAAAAAAGUUUCCUACUUAUUAUUAAAUUUUUUUUUUUUCAAUAUUGAUAGGUUUCAAUUACUAUUAAAGUGAACAUUUUAUAGGAUUCCACAGAUUGAAUGAUUUAAAAAAUGAAUUUAGCCAGACAACUCUGUACUGUUCGCUCGAACAGCAUCGGCAAAAAUGUUUACAGAAAAUUCCGAUUUUCCUCUGUUAACUACCAAAGUUCUCAAACGAGCCAGCCCCAAGUCCAAGAGGAGAAGUUCGACUUCGAAGAUCUGAAAGUUUUUGAGCGCACUGAGCGUCGUAAGCCUAAAAUAUCUCCUUUCAUGAAAGAUGUUUUCGUGUCAGUCUACAAUCGCGAACUGCUAGCAUAUCCUGAGAUUUUGAAUAAAGAAGAGUCUGAAGCUUUGGACGAUAGGGUUGCUGCAUUGAAAAGGACAUUUUCUAACCCAGAAAAAACAAAAGAAGACAGAGUUAUUGCAUUAAAAGGAACAAAAAUGUAUGCCGCUCCCGUGCCAUUGACAAAUAACGGUUUAGCUAUGAAUUGUACUGAAAGUAUUAAGUAUUUAGAGGUAAUAUCGUCAGAUGUUACUCUUGGGCAGGAAAUAAGUGACCACUGGGUGGGUUUGGAGGCAUUGAGAAAGGGAUUGGAGCCAGAACAGUUUAACCAAAUCGUGGAUGACUUGAUCAAAGGAGAGAAUAGUGUUGUAUUAUGUAUUAAAGAGAGAGUCGCUGAGAGGAUAUCACAGGCUGAUUUUAGGACCGUUGCUGAGAUAGAUCACAGAAAUGUCUGGCGCAUCUCUGGUGAGAAGAUCUGCCACAAACCGGAUGGGUACAGGCUUGUCCUGUGCGCAGCUGACGGGGGUCGCCUCAAAGCCUUCCUCGUCCAUCCCGGAGCCAGUGGCGUCAGCCAUGAGGGCACGUUCAUCACGUUCAAGAAGACAAUAGCAACGCCACUGGAUUCAGUGUCGGAAACUGCGCUUGCGCAGAUACUAGCCGGGUCACGUCUACACGCGGCCACACUGUGCAGGUCUAUUCUCAAGAGGGCGCUCCAUUCGUGCGUGGACUAUGUGCGACCAAGAGCUUUUUCUGGUAAGCCAUUAUCGGAAGUGUCUACGAUCAGAACGACUAUAGGUGAAGCGUUACUUCAGAUUUACGCUUCGGAAAGCGCCGAGAUCUUCACAGCCGGACUCCUUGACGGCUACGAAGAGCCGGACGUGGAACUCGAGAUGGCUAUGUGCAGGAAUUUCGUAGCAGACAACGGACUGUCCGCCAUGUUGAAACUGCUCACGAUACCCGCUUUGGAGAGAGAGGCAGAAUGCAAGAAACUUCUAGAAGACAUGAGGCAUCUUGCUUCCAGAGGAGACAGUUUGGACGGUAUCAACACAUUCAUUGCAUUGAGCGGUAUCCACCACGCUGGGAAAAUGAUGGCGGAAGAAAUCAAACAGAUCAGGAAUCCAUUAAUGCAUCCGUCUUUUAUUUUCAAGAAAGUCUUCGCCAACAGACAUCAGGAAAGAGACGAGCCAAAACUGACACUAUAUCUUGCGGAACAUCUGCAUCCCACCCUCAAAGUGCCAUCUGAACAGUUGGAGUACUGUGUAUUGAGAAUGAAGUAUGCUUGCGAAACUCUGAUGAGCAGACAUGGAGUGCAGGUCACACAGGCGUUACCAGAACUCAACAGACUCGCAGAAGCAGCCACAAAUAUUUUAGUGAUGACCGCCGUGCUGGCGAGGGCGUCUAGAUCGUACUGCAUCGGUUUGCGGAACGCGGAAGUCGAAAUGAAACUGGCCGCGUGUUUCGUAGACAACGCUAAAGACAAAGUGAAAAAACUUAUCCGUAACAUAGACGAUGGUGAAUACUUAAAUCUUGAUCAUUUUAAGUUGCAAUUCGGUAAGAAAGUACUAGAUACCAACACGACGUUAGUCGAACCGCCGACGGCCAGGACUUUUUGGUAGGUUUUAGUAGUUUUUGGUAGAAUUUGAUGUGGCAACACUGGUGUCAGAUUUUUUUUUUUUUCAAGGUCACGUUUCCAUUUAAGGAAACGUGGAUAUUUGAGAACGAUCGAAAUAAUACGUUAUGUUGUUUUGAGUAAUUUUUAUUU